UUGACUGAUCAAAUGCGGAAAGUUAUGACUCAGACACUUAAUUCUAAGCACGAAGUAAUUUUUUAGUGACUAAAAUCACGGGAUGCAAUGACGGACCUUUUAAUUUCACCCUCCCGAGCAUCUCCACUAUUGGGGGCGUCUCCGGAACGCAACCCAUCUCCCAUUUUGGGCCAUAGAUGUUUUUCCGCAGGCAUGUACGAUAGAGAGGUAGAUCCCGAGAUUCGGAGCAUUCUUCAUGAUAUUGAAGAAAGUUCGGAACAAGGACAUCAUUGCCAUACAACAAAAGAGAAGACUGGGGUUGACAAGAAAGCCAGGAGGAAGUUGAUCAUUGCCAGUACCCUAUGUCUACUCUUCAUGGUUGGAGAAAUAGUGGGUGGGGUACUUGCGGGAAGUUUAGCCAUCAUAUCUGAUGCUGCACAUUUACUGACAGACUUUGCGAGUUUUAUGAUAAGUCUACUUGCAAUAAUGCUUGCCUCUAGAUCCCCCUCUAAGAGAUUCAGCUUUGGCUGGUACAGGGCAGAAAUACUGGGCGCUUUGCUGUCAAUUUUGUUCUUGUGGAUAUUGACGGGGGUGUUAUUUUAUAUGGCUGUAAGAAGAGUAAUUCAUCAAAACUAUACGAUAGAUGCCACCAUUAUGUUGAUCACUGCAGCAUGUGGGGUGGCAUUUAACAUAAUAAUGGGCAUAUCAUUAGGACAUGGCCAUAAUCAUUCACACAAAAAGAGUUCACCACAGAUAGAUAUUCCACAAAGCAGUCGACAGUUAUCAGUUCAAGAAGAUGUUACGCAUCCAUCAUAUGGAGCUAUAAAUAGUAACACCAGUGAGACUGAACCUCUGAUACAGGUCAAGGACACUCACAAAGAAAACAUCAAUGUCAAGGCUGCAUUCAUUCAUGUUGUUGGAGAUCUGAUUCAGAGCAUUGGUGUCCUUAUUGCAGCUUUUAUUAUAUAUUUCAAGCCUGAAUGGCGACUAGCAGACCCUAUCUGUACUUUUGUCUUCUCACUGAUCGUUAUGGUGACAACAUUUAAAAUAUUUUUGGACAUAAUCACUGUGCUAAUGGAAGGAACACCAAGAGGUAUUGAUAUCACUUCUGUAAGGAAGACUUUCCUUAAAUUACCAGGGGUUAAAGAUGUUCACGAUCUCAGACUCUGGUCAUUAUCCAUGGAUAAAAUUGCUCUGUCGGUCCAUUUAGCUGUUGAUUCCAACACAGAUCCUCUGAAAAUUUUGAAACUAGGUUCCACAGUAGUACGUCUGAAAUAUGGAAUUUCGGAGACCACAAUUCAGGUAGAGGAGCAUGUACAAGGAAUGGAUGACUGCACCCACUGCCAGGACGCAAAAUAGAUGAAUGACUGAACGCAUUGCCAGGACGCAAAACAGAUAUGGUGAAAAAGGCCUAUUGUAUGAUGUUGUUACAUACAUGUAUUAGAACUUUAUCUGGUAUGUUUAUUAUAGUAAGAGAAAGGUGUUGUGAAUUAUCCAUAUGUUUGCAUCAAGAUGCUAUACAAGGAUGAAAUAUGCAAAUUUGAAUGACAAAAUUUCAUAAUUAGUGAGACCAUACAUGGUCUUUAUGCAGUUUUAUCCAUGUCAAAUUUUACCAGUCAUUUUAGUGUAGUUGUUGUGAAAACAGUUUUACUAUAAUAUUUUUUUUUUAUAAAAAUAAUUGCUUGAAAUCUCAAUUAGAAUGUACACCUGUAAAUAUGUUAUGAAUAUAUGUAUAUGUAUCUGUGAUAAAGAGUGACUUUUAAGAACUACAUGUAUUAAUAGAGUAGAACGUGAACGGGUAUAUAUGUGCCUGCAGGCAUCUGUUAAAAGAUCAGAUCUUUUUAUUUUAUUUUUCUGUAAGUUUUAAUUAGUGUCAUAACUUUUACCUGUUAGAAUUUUAAUUAUUAUCAUUACAUUCAUUAGUUUUACCAUUCCAAGACAUCAGCUUAUAUCCAAAGACAACUCUCUGGCAUUGUGCAAUCUGCUUUACUGAGAGAUUAUUGUUAUCUAAACAAUCAUCACAUUUGUUGUUAUACCCUUGAGAAGAUUUGGGGUAGAUUUUUUGUAUUUGGUUUGUCUGUGUCAAGAGUGUUAACCUUUUAUUAACAGUUCCUGGAUUAGAAAAGACUCUGGAACAACUGUUCAAUGUAUUUUAUUUAUUAUCCAUCAGCAUGAUGGUACUUGAUGAAGUAUUAAGUAUAGUUGUAUAUAUGGAAAAUCAUCAUCAUUAUCGUGGUGAUCUACAAUAAAUAUGAAAACCUUACCUACUGUACAUUCACACAUUAAAUAUUUAAAUGAAUUUUUUAUCAAAUAUUUAAUUCAUAAAUCAAUUUACUUAAAAUAUAAAAGUUAUGAUAAUUAAAAUAUCUUACCAUGUAGAUAGAAUUAAAGCUCCUAAUUAAAAGGAAAAGUUACUGACAACAACGUCUUGUGGUAACGUCUGUCUAUUUCAGAAAGUUUUGAUCAAUGAUUUAUAAUAUUACUGCAUGCAAAGUUUAAUAAAAUUCGCGCCAGCCAUGUGCAAUGACUGGAAAAACUAGUCAAACACACCCAUACACAUCCCAUACUCAACAUAUGACAUCAGAGGUCAUGAACUUACAGUGUACAUGUACAAAUUAUGAAUGAAUGAGAUGAGAUGAUACAUGUGCAAAUUAUCAUAUGAAGUAACAUAUACAUGUAGUAAAUAAUAAUCCGGUGAUAUCUGUGUAUAUUUUUUAUUUAUAAAGAGACAUCUUUUUGUACGUCUGUCUACAAUUAUUUUUCACAUUGUCAACAACAGAAACACUGUGCAUCUUAACUUCAGUUCAAUGUUAUGCUUCAAGAUUAAAGGGUGUACAUGUAUGCAAA